AUGGCUGCUAAUUAUACAAAGGUUAGUUUCUUCUUGGCUCUUGUAAUGACGGUGGCGAUUCUCACUCCUUCACUCGUCGCCGGUGGAAAUAAGUUCACCGAUCUCAAAAUCCGUAAACACUUGAAACGACUCAACAAGCCAGCUCUCAAAUCGAUUAAGAGCCCAGAUGGAGAUAUUAUUGAUUGUGUCCCAGUCACCGACCAACCAGCUCUUGCUCAUCCUCUGCUCGUUAAUCACUCUGUUCAGAUGACGCCAAGUUUCAACCCAGAGAGUGUGUUUAGUGAGAGUAAAGUUUCGUCGAAGGGCAAGAAUCAGAAGGAUGGUUCUACUAUAAGUCAGCUUUGGCAUGUGAAUGGGAAAUGCCCAGAGAACACGAUUCCGAUAAGAAGAACGAGAAAGCGAGAUCUUUACAGAGCGAGCUCCGUCGAGAGAUUCGGUAUGAAGAAUCAGAAAAGCAUCCCUAAACCGAAAUCUUACGACCCAGCUAGUGUCCUUACACAAAACGGUCACCAGCACGCGAUAAUGUAUGUGGAAGAUGGGGUUUUCUACGGAGCUAAAGCCAAGAUUAAUGUGUGGAAACCGGAUGUUGAAAUGCCUAAUGAGUUUAGCUUGGCUCAGAUUUGGGUUUUGGGUGGCAAUUUCAACUCUGAUCUUAAUAGUAUAGAAGCUGGAUGGCAGGUGAGUCCACAACUGUAUGGUGAUUCUCACACCAGACUCUUCACUUAUUGGACUAGUGAUGCAUACCAAGGCACAGGCUGCUACAAUCAUCUGUGCUCAGGAUUUGUUCAAGUCAACAGAGAGAUCGCAAUGGGUGGCUCAAUCUCUCCUUUAUCCAGCUACGGAAACUCUCAAUAUGACAUUACCAUACUUAUCUGGAAGGACCCAAAAGAAGGGCAUUGGUGGCUACAAUUUGGAGAGAAAUACAUAAUGGGAUAUUGGCCAGCAUCACUCUUCUCUUACUUAUCAGAAAGUGCAUCGAUGAUCGAAUGGGGAGGAGAAGUGGUUAACUCAGAGUCAGAGGAAGGACAACACACCACCACUCAGAUGGGAAGUGGAAGGUUCGCAGAGGAAGGUUGGGGUAAAGCAAGUUACUUCAAGAACGUCCAAGUUGUUGAUGGUUCUAACGAGUUGAGAAACCCUGAGAAUAUUCAAGUCUUUACUGAUCAAGACAACUGUUACAAUGUCAAAAGUGGUGAUGGAGGUUCUUGGGGAAGUCACUUCUACUAUGGUGGUCCUGGUCGUAACCCUGAUUGCCCUUGA